AUGGACUCCAUCGGGCCUGUAGGGGUCCAGCCCGGGAAGGUGCCUCGGGCCUGCCCCCAGGAGGGCUUGCCCUGGCCCGCGGACAGCCCAGAGCUGGUGCGGGAGUGCCUGCAGCCGUUCAAGGUGACGGAGACACAGCUGCAGCGGAUCCAAGCCGGCCUCCUGGGGUCCAUGGAGCAGGCGCUGAGGGGACAGCCCAGCCCCGCCCCUGCUGUCCGGAUGCUGCCCACAUAUGUGGGGUCCACACCAAAUGGCACCGAGCAAGGAGACUUUGUGGUGCUGGAGCUGGGGGCCACCGGGGCCUCACUGCGAGUUUUGUGGGUGACACUCACGGGCGCCGAGGGGCAGAGGGUGGAGCCCAGGAGCCAGGAGUUUGCGAUCCCCCAGGAAGUGAUGCUGGGCGCUGGCCCGCAGCUCUUUGACUUCGCUGCCCGAUGCCUGUCUGAGUUCCUGGAGGCACACCCGGUGAGCAGUCGGAGUCUGCAGCUUGGCUUCAGCUUCUCCUUCCCUUGCCACCAGACGGGCCUGGACAGGAGCACCCUCAUUUCCUGGACCAAAGGCUUUCGGUGCAGUGGUGUGGAGGGCCAGGAUGUGGUCCAGCUGCUGAGAGAGGCCAUGCGGAGGCAGGGGGUCCACAAUAUCGACGUGGUUGCCGUGGUGAACGACACGGUGGGCACCAUGAUGGGCUGCGAGCCGGGCGCCCGGCCGUGUGAGGUCGGGCUCGUCGUAGACACAGGCACCAACGCGUGUUACAUGGAGGAGGCCCGGCACGUGGCGGUGCUGGAUGAGGACCGAGGACGCGUCUGCGUCAGCGUCGAGUGGGGCUCCUUCAGUGACGAUGGGGCGCUGGGGCCGGUGCUGACCGCCUUCGACCGCGCCCUGGACCGUGCGUCCCUGAGUCCCGGCGCCCAGAGGUUUGAGAAGAUGAUCGGGGGCCUGUACCUGGGCGAGCUGGUGCGUCUGGUGCUGGCCCACCUGGCCGCGCACGGGGCCCUCUUCGGGGGCCGCACCUCCCCCGCCCUGCUGAGCGCAGGCAGCAUCCACCUGGAGCACGUGGCUGAGAUGGAGCACCCCUCCACUGGGGCAGCCCGUGUCCGCGCCAUUCUGCAGGGCUUGGGCCUGAGCCCGGAGGCCUCGGACACAGAGCUCGUGCAGCAUGUGUGUGCGGCCGUGUGCACACGGGCGGCCCGGCUCUGCGCGGCUGCCCUGGCCGCCGUCCUCGCCCGCCUCCAGUGCAGCAGGGAGCAGCGAGCACUCCAGGUUGCCGUGGCCACUGGAGGCCGAGUGUGCGAUCGGCAUCCCAGGUUCUGCAGCGUCCUGCGGGAGACGGUGCUGUUCCUGGCCCCCGAAUGUGAUGUCUCCUUUGUCCCCUCUGUGGAUGGGGGCGGCCGGGGUGUGGCGAUGGUGACCGCUGUGGCCGCCCGCCUGGCCGCCCACCGGCGCCUGCUGGAAGAGACCCUGGCGCCAUUCCGGUUGAGCCGUGAGCAGCUGGCAGUGGUGCAGGCGCAGAUGCGGGAGGCCAUGGCCAGGGGGCUCCGCGGGGAGGCCUCCUCCCUCCGCAUGCUGCCCACGUACGUCCGGGCCACGCCGGACGGCAGCGAGCGAGGGGACUUCCUGGCCUUGGACCUCGGGGGCACCAACUUCCGCGUCCUGCUGGUGCGCGUGGCCGCAGGAGGGGUGCAGAUCACCAGCCAGGUCUACUCCAUCCCUGAAUGUGUGGCUCAGGGUUCGGGGCAGCAGCUCUUUGACCACAUCGUGGACUGCAUCGUGGACUUCCAGCAGAAGCAGGGCCUGAGCGGGCAGAGCCUCCCCCUGGGCUUCACCUUCUCCUUUCCGUGUCGACAGCUUGGCCUGGACCAGGGUGUCCUCCUCAACUGGACCAAGGGCUUCAACGCCUCCGGCUGCGAGGGCCAGGACGUUGUGAGUCUGCUGCGGGAAGCCAUCGCACGCAGACAGGCCGUGGAGCUGAAUGUGGUUGCCAUUGUCAAUGACACGGUGGGGACCAUGAUGUCCUGUGGCUACGAGGACCCUCGGUGCGAGAUGGGCCUCAUUGUCGGGACUGGCACCAACGCCUGCUACAUGGAGGAGCUCCGGAACGUGGCGGGCGUGGCCGGGGACACUGGCCACAUGUGCAUCAACAUGGAGUGGGGUGCCUUCGGGGACGACGGCUCGCUGGGCGUGUUCAGCACCCGCUUCGACGAGAAUGUGGACCGGGCGUCCAUCAAUCCCGGCAAGCAGAGGUUUGAGAAGAUGAUCAGCGGCAUGUACCUGGGCGAGAUUGUCCGCCAUGUCCUCUUGCACCUGACCAGCCUUGGCGUCCUCUUCCGAGGCCAGCAGAGCCGGCGCCUGCAGACCAGGGACAUCUUCAAGACCAAGUUCCUCUCUGAGAUUGAAAGUGACAGCCUGGCCCUGCGGCAGGUCCGAGCCAUCCUGGAGGACCUGGGACUGCCCCUGACCUCGGACGACGCCCUGAUGGUGCUGGAGGUGUGCCAGGCUGUGUCCCAGAGGGCUGCCCGGCUCUGCGGGGCAGGCGUGGCUGCCGUGGUGGAGCAGAUCCGGGAGAACAGGGGCCUGGCGGAGCUGACCGUGUCUGUGGGUGUGGACGGGACACUCUACAAGCUGCACCCCCACUUCUCCAGCCUGGUGGCGGCCACGGUGCAGGAGCUGGCCCCCUGCUGCGCGGUCACCUUCCUGCAGUCAGAGGACGGGUCUGGCAAAGGUGCGGCCCUGGUCACCGCUGUCGCCUGCCGCCUCUCCCGGCCCACCCGCAUCUGAGGACGUCUCCGUGGAGACGGCGGGCUGGAGAGGGCUCCGCCCCGGGCUUGCUGGGCCCGCCUGACCCCGGCCACCCAGGACUCCCAGACAGCCCGUGUGUGCCCCUCUGUGGCCCUGUGGCCUGGCCCCACUCCUGGCUUUCCCCGAGAGAAGCAGCACUCAGGUUAGCAAUAUAUAUAUAUAAUUUAUUUACA